AUGACUAUUCCCUCUAAAACUGACGCCAAGACUGAUCAAUUUGUUGGUACUGUCAAGGAAAACGUAGGCUCUGUCGUUGGUAAUGAACGUCUUCGUGGUGAAGGCAAGGCUCAGCAUGGUCAAGGCCAAGUCGAGGAGCAAGCUGCUACUACAUUGGGCUAUGUCCAAGGUCUUACAAGCCAAGUUACCGGCGCUGUUCAAGGUGCUGUCAAUUCUCUUGUUGGGAACAAUUCUGGUGAAGCCUCUGCCAAGGUUGAGCAAAAGAAGGGUGAAGCUCAAAAGGAACUUAAUGCUUAA